GGGCUUGCUCUUUUAUACAAGAGAUGAGAGGUGGGUGGCUGGGUGGGAGGGAUCCUCUCUGCCUUACUCUGGUCGGGAACGGGAUGGAGGUACGGAGGCAGAGGCUGGCCUGACGCAGGCAGAGCCACCUCUGCCCCUUGUCUGGCUUCACUGCAACUUUUCUAGGGCACCUGGAUUUAAUUGAGGAUCCGCCAGAAGAAAAAAGAGCUGCUUGCAUGGACUGGAGAGAGUGGCAGGGCAACUAGAUGCACUAGGAAAACUUCUAGCAUCCAGGGAGAAGGGACAGUUACCUCCUUGCUCCCGCCAGCCUCCCUGCCACUUCCUAGCAAACCAUGGAUCCCAGGUCUCUGGAUGCUGCGGUGCAGAAUGCCCUGCUAGCCCUCUACCCGCCAUUUGAAGUCACAGCCCCAACUGUCCUCAGCCAGCUCUUCCGCCUGCUAGACAGCAACUACCAUGGUGACGGGUGGUGCUGCCUCCUUGAUUUCCUGAUUCCUGCCAAGCGCCUCUUUGAGCAUGUGCGGCAGGCGGCCUGUGCACCUUACUUUAAGUGCAUCUUUCUCCAUGAAGGCUGGCCCUUGUGUCUUCACGAGAAAGUGGUCAUUCACCUUGCACCACUCAACCCCCUCUUACUACGCCCAGGAGACUUCUACCUCCAAGCAGAGCCCUGCGGAGAGCAAUCUGCCUGCAUCACUGUAAAGUGCCUCUCUCAGGACUUGCGCACUGUGGAAGAAAGAACAGUUCCUGAAUCCUCCUAUACGCUGCUAUUCACCAAGGAGUGGCUGGAGGAAAUCAACCGAGACCUGGAGAGAGCACCUCUGCACACGUGCCUGGUAGCCACAGAAAAGGGAAUUGCCCCUGUGCCUUGGAGUAAGAUAGCCACGCCAGAAUUCAUCAGCAAACCCAAAGCAGCACCAAGUCCCACCCAGGUCGGAGUGUCCCUUCCAGCACAUGCACUGGACCUGGGCAGCUCUAAAGGGAUUGUAGAGCCAGCAUCACAGAGCUGCACAAUGUCUUUUUGCAUGACUGAUGCUCAGGUGCCACAUGGUAGCAGCAUGGGUAAUGUCCAAGACGGCAAAGAUGUUCCCUGGAGGGCCAGCCAGGGCAAGUAUCCAGGACUCAUUAAGGUGGAUCAAGCAGGAUCGUGGAAGAAGCCCAGUGUGUUUGUUGUGCCAAGCCUGUGCGAUAUCAUCAGCCAGGAUCUGGAUGGUGACUACGUUGACCUGCUGGAGUUUUCUGAAGAAAUGAAGCUGGAUCUUCUGGCCAAGUCAGAACCAUCUGCUGAGCAACCUAGACCUUCUAGAGAAAUAAAGGUGCCGUCAGAGCGUAAAUCACGUCUUCCAAGGGUGAACAGAGAGUCAGAAGCAGAAAAAUGGACCUGUGGGAAAGGGCAGAGCUCAGAGGAGGGUCCCUGCACACCGUGUCUGAGGAGAAAACUGAACAGAGACCCAAAAUUCCACGGGCCGAGGUGUCGAUACCGUGAGUCCUACGUGGCCGCCCUUCAGAACCCUGUGAGCUUUGGCUCUGGGCUGAUGGCAGCCAUAUUGGAGGAGUCUGAUGUGCCCAAACCGGAGUUCCCUUCAGCAAGCCCAGCUCCAGAGAGUCCAGCUCACCCCAGACAGAGGCCAGGCCAGGCAGCCGCUCCCAGACUCCUCUCUGGCUGUCUUCAGAAGGUAGCGACUCAGGAAACGAAAGCCGAGGAGGUGACAAAACAGGGAUACUUAAAGCUUCUCAAGUCUCCUGCUGGUGCAAUGAGAAACCUCCCUCGGUCACAGUCUCCCCCUGCCAGCCAUAAAUUCUCCUUCUUCAAAGGCCAACGACAACCAGCAUCCCCAGGGGACAGUUUGUCUGGUACCAGCCAAUAUGAAGGGCCUCGGAAAAGGAUGUCGGCUAUUUACUCUCCCAGGAUGAACAGAGCUAAGCUGGCUGGGAAAGGUACCGAUCAGAUGGAUGCGUCUCUCUUCGACAUCAACUCUCUCCAAGACACCAACUGUAAGAAUGGUCUUUGUGCCGCAACCCUGAGCUCUCCUGCCCAGGAACCGCUGUCUGCAGAGUCCAGCCCUCAACGGCCACCCCAAUGGCAGGAUCUCUGCGUUGAGCUCUUGCACUCGGGCAUAGCUUGUUUGCCAGGGAGCACAGAUAAGCUUGGCAGGGCCCUGAUCCAGGUGACCACAAGCAGCAGAGCAUGGGAAGCCACCUGGUGCUCCACCAGAGAGGUAGCCCAGCUCCUCCUUUACCUCUGCUCCAUCCCCAGGAGGGAAGCAAGGGACAGAGGGCUGACCAUUGUGGUGGAUGCCAGGAGACUGCCUCCCUCCCCGAUCCUGCACACAGCAUUCAGAUCAGUCCAGAGAUCUUCACCUGCCUCCAUCCAUGGUGUGUUGCUGUUGGCAGAGAAGGAGGUGGCUGCACACCUGGAGAAGUUACCUGGAAUGCAGGUGGAGGUGCUGACUUCCCUCAGAGCUCUGGGCCGAUAUGUCGACAGCACCCAGCUGACGCCAGACUUGGAUGGUACUUUCCCUUACAGCCACGGCGAGUGGGUUCAGUUCUUCCAGAAGCUGCAUCCCUUUGUGGCUGAUCUCAAGCAAGCCUCCAAGCUACUGCAGAGCUCCAUCCAGGAACUGGAGAAGGGCAACUUCCCAGAGGAUAUGCAGGAGGCAGCCGAGCGCACGGAGAGAUACAGGGAGCUGAUGAAGGCAGUGCUCAGCAAUGUGCAGCUGGUCAGCUUGCAGAGAGAGGGUGGGGCCACGCUGGCCAGGCUGAGGAAGGAGGCAUCCCGGCUUAGCUUCUCACCGGACAUCAGGAACAGCAUGGACUCAGCCAUGGGCCUCUACAACCAAGUGGAAGAAGAAGUUCACACUUUGGUGACAAAAUCCAACAGCUGCCUGGAGCGCCUGGAGUUUCUCCAAAAGAUCCAGGAAUUUGAGGCAGAAUUCAGCAAGCUCACUUGCUGGAUUGAUGAAGGAGAUUCUCGCCUCCACGAGCUGAGCACUGAGGAAUGGAGCCCAGACAGCCCAGAGAGAUCCUACCAGCAGUUUAAGGAAUUCUUUAUUCAGGCUACAGCUCACUACAACAAUGGACUUGUGUUGUGUAAGGAAGCUGCUGAGUUCCAAGGCUCCAUGUUCCCAGAGGCACAAGCCUUCGAGGUAGCCAGAGGUACUGUGCAGGCCAAACUGAGGCAUUUCUACACGAACUUGGAGAGGCAGCAGGCUGAGCUGGAAACUCUGCUCAACCUCUGCAGGUUCUAUGACAAGAUAACAUUGCUUAACCUUGACUGCAAAAUUCACGUGGCUUGUGUGAAGCUUGGAGAGGGACAGCCAGCAAGUCGGGAGGCCCUACAAUGCCUAGAGAAAUCAUUACAGAAGCUAUCUGUGGAGUUUUCAGCAGAGAGGUUCCAGGAGAUGAAGGUACAAGCCUACACCAUGCACAGCUGCAGAGGACUAGAGGUAUGGAACAAGGCAUGGCAGAAGUGUCAAGAAACGAGGCAGAUCCUUGAGGAGAUACUGGAAAAAUUCAAGGAGGCCCAAAGUGUUGAGCCAGACUGUAGCGGGGAGGAAGAUUCUUUCAGCUCAGCUGCUACUAAAUCAGGCCCCAAAGUCCAAGGUAAAGUUUCUCAUGUUUGCAAAGCAGCUUCCAACCCUGCCCAAGCAUCAGCAGAAAGCAAGACACAAGUUCAAGAAUCAGGAUGCAGAGCAAGGAGUGAGAAAGAAUUAAAACCACAUCUGUCCACAGACUCUGACCUAGACAUAGAUCCCAGGGACCCCAGGUGUUCUCAGCAGGAAUCCUUGGACUGCAAGGCUGUUCAGGAGGGCAGAUGUACUUAUCAAGGCUUGAUAGCAGCUGAAGAGUCUCCCCUGAGUGCUGCAUGUGGAGCUGAUCUUGAACAGAGAGGAGCCCUGGCUCAGAAUCCCAGCAAGGAGGCUUUAGAAAGCCUCCAAGUGGCACCCUCUCAGAAGCCACCUCUGACUCUUCCGUCCCAAGCCUGCUGCCCAGACAGUGGCCAGUUUCCUCAGGACAGUGCGAGCGAGUCCCUGGGUGAUCCACCUUGCUCAGCCCCCAGCACAGGUGCUCAGCAGCACUGGGGUAAGGUGCCGGAAGCAGCCCAAUACUUCCAGAUAUCCAGGCACGGCAGCUUUUCGUCUGAAGAUACAGAGGCACAGAACUCGGCCCAAGACCCUUCAACAACCAGUCUCCUUUUGCCCAUGGAACUCGUGAGUCCUAGACUGCCAGGGCCUUUGGGAAAGCCCCUGGGAAUCAUAUAUCUGGAAAACCACCACACAAAUAGCCAUUCAAAAACAAAUGCCGAGUAAAACCAGCUCUUUCGAAACUAAGUUGGCUUUGUCUUUCCAGUCCUGGCAACUUUGGCCAUGGAGUGGAUGUGCUGUCUAGUGGUUAGAGCACACGACUGGGCAUCAGACCUACUGGGCUCUACUCCUUACCCUGCCAUUGAAUCAUUUAUUGGCCUUAGGCAGGUUACUUCACUCCUCUGUGCCUAACUUCUACCCAUCUGCAAAAUGGGGAUAACAAUACUUACCUACCUCAUGGGGGGUUGUGAGGCUCAGUUAAUAAUCAUGAAGUGCUUUGUGGUCCUCCUAUGAAAGGCAUCCAGCUGGGUAAGUGAAGGGUACUGGUCGAGUUAACAAUAAUGUUCUCCUGGUAUUAUUCACACUCAGUAACUACAGAAGAAAAACCUAGGGUAAAUGGAGACACUUUGGUCACUUCUCUUCUAGCAACGCAAGUAUUCCCUCAGGCAUACCAGUCAUCCCCUGAUCCUCUGCAGGAGCAAACUGCUGCACUGAUCAUGCAUCUCACUAUAGGAUGUUCCUCACUGCUGAAUCUUCCCCUGUCCAGAGCUGCCAGGCCUCGAUGUGUAAAUUGUUACCACAACAGAGUUAUCACCAAAUCCCUCCUUCCUCCUCCCAACUCCCCUGUCUUCCCAGUGGAAUUUCCCUCCUGCCCACAUGUUAUUACUGUCUCCUUUUCCUCCUCAUCUAUGGGGCUACUGCAGCUUGUUUUGCAAUAUUUUGUCCCUGUUAAAACAAGGCUAAUUUUAUUAACAAUAAUAAACCCCAAAUGCAGAGCUCUCAGUGUAGAGCAGUGCAGAGGAAACUACAUUCCAGCCUGCAGUCAGACAGCGCCCAGAGUAUGUUCCAACUACGAACAGAAAUUCUUCUCGGGUGCUACUACUCCUGCAGGAGAAGCUAGAGGAAUAAAUUCAAGGUGAGCACCAAAAUCCAGUCCUGAUUCAUCUUCUCCUAGCAGCUGUGCUCAGUAUACUCUAAGUGGGCCAAAAAAGAAAUGUCAGAUUCUACUCCUCUGAGGCUGUUCCCAUAAUCCAUCCCCAGCGGACAGCCAUUUAUUCUCCUUAAUCCAACGGUGGAAAUUUCAGUUGGCUCCUGGACAGACUUUCAAGCACGUGGGACCCACAGUUGUGUGUACAAAACUCAUGCAGGGAUGUCCAUAACUUGCAUGCACUGUUACAGAGACUGCACAUGCAGUCUGUAACUCUGGGAGCUCCUGGUGAGUUGCUGGUGUGCUGUGACCACUAGAUCCUUUUCAGAGUCCCUGCUUUCCAGGACAGUCCCCCAGGCUGUAGGGAUGCUCUUCACUCCCGUCCCGAGACGUAUAACGGUGCAUUUGACUGUAUUAAAACAUAUUUUAUUCAAAUGGCCCCAGAAUACCAAGUAACCCGGACUGCUCUGUCUGACAGUCCUGUCCUCAUCAUUUUCUACCACUCAGCGAAUCUUUGUGUCAUCCGCAAAUUUUAUCAGCAGUGAUUUUAUAUUUGCUUCCAGGUAACUGAUGAAAAUGUCAAAUAGCAUUGGGACCAGCACUGAUCCCUGCGGAACCCCACUAGAAAUACCCCCAUUUGAUGGUGAUUCCCCAUUGACAACUACUUGAGAUCUGUCAGUUUGCCAAUUUGUAAUCCAUUUAAUGGGCGCUUUAUUGAUAUUGUAUAGCACUAAUUUUUAAUCCGAAUGUCAUGCAGUACUAAAUCAAAUUCCUUACAAAAGUCCAAGUAUAUUACAUCCAUACAGUUAUCUUUAGCAACCAAACUUGUAACCUCAUCAAAGAAUGAAAUCAGGUUUGUUGGACAAGACUUAUUUUCUGUAACACUUGCUGCCUGGCAUUAAUUAUAUUCCUUUAAUUCUUUAUUAAUUGAAUCCUAUAUCAGAUUUUCUAUUAUUUUGCCCAGGAUUGAUGUCAGGCUAACUGGCCAGUCAUCCUGCUUGCCCUUUUUGAACAUUGUGACAAAAUUAGCACUCUUCCAGUCUUCUGGAAUUUCCCCGAUAUCCCACGUUUUAUUAAAAAUGAAAAUCAGUGAGACAGAGAUAGUCUCAGCCACCUCUUUUCUGACUCUUGUGUGCAAGUUAUCCAGGCUGCUGAUAUAAAAAUGUUUAUCCCUAGUACAUGUUGUGUAACAUACUCCUUGGUUACUAAUAGACUGGAAAGUACUCCAUUCAUCAUGUGAUACAAAAAUAUCACCCUGCUUCUUUCCAAAUACAGAACAGAAAUAUUUAUUGAACAUUUAUUUCUACCUUUUCUGCACUAUUAAUUGUUUUACCAUUUCCUUCUAGUAAUUGGCCUAUAUCAUUGCUAGGAUUUCUUUUGUUCCUAAUAUACUUUAAUAAACUCCUUAGUAUUGUCCUUAGCUCUCCCAGAUGUUGAUUUUUCUGUAAUAUCUUUAGCUUCCUUUAUCAAUUUUCUAUACUUCACAACUUCUAAUUUAUAUCAUGAGCUAUCCAUUCCCGCCCCCACCUGUUAUAUGUGGCUUUUUUAUUUCUAAUUGCUGCGUUCACUACUCCACUGGACGAGGAAGGUUUUUAGCCAAAUAUUUUCUUCCUUGAGGUAGAAUCCUGGCUUUUGGGACUCCUAAUAAACUCUGCUUAAACAACUCCCUAUUUUCAUUUGCAUUUUUUUAUGUAAAAUUUUCCUCCUAAUCAAUUUCUUUCAUAG